CAGCACGGUUGUCACGAUUGUCAUCACCUCCGGUUCGAUGUUUGCUUACUAAUUCAAGCGUAAAGUAAUACGCUCGCUAAAGGUCACUGAAGUGAAUCAAGCAACCUUUUCAUAGUGGUCGGCGUGCUUUCUAUGGUGAGGACAUUGAUUUGCAGGAGAGUUUGUAGGAAAUACCUUAGAUAAGUCCGAUAUCCUCCUCCAUAAUUGAAGAAUGGCGAGAAUUGGAGUUGCUUUUUCCGGUGGUGGUAUUCGGUCAGCGUCAUUAUGCUCGGGUGUCCUGCGCAGACUGCUGCAGAAGAAGGUUAACAUAGAUUACCUAAGCUGUGUCUCAGGGGGUGGUUACACAGGCACUGCAUACCUUGACUGGAAAUACCGACAUGGAAAGAAGGACGACCCCGAGUGGCACAAACAGUUCUUCGAGAACAUGCGCAAUAGAAGUGGCAUCUUUUGCAACUGGAAGAAACCCUGCCAAGGAAUCUUGGAUUCCAUUAUCUUGUCCACCAUGGUGAUAUUUGUGGCUUUUAUUAUUCCAAUUCUCCUGUGGACCUCCUACGCAUGCCCACUAGCCUUUGUAGUUGAUUUCCUGUUUGGACGUAUUCUGAGAGGAGGAAGCAAGCCAUGCAAAAAACUCGCCAAGCGCGAUCCUAAAAUAUCAUUGAAGGAAUGCGAACUUGAACGCCAUGCAUCUCCAGAGGUGGUAAAUCAGCAAUUUAUCCUUUUUGCAGUUCCUGUGGCGGUUGCCAUUGUUUGUGGAGUAGUAAGAGGUAUGAUCCCAAAAGGAAAAGGAUUCUUCAAUUUCCUCAUCAUGUCAUGUGUCGUGUUCUUCGGCCUGGUGUUCAUUCCGUGGUUCAUCGACAAUUUUCUGGCUUAUAUUCCAAAUUGGAUGAAGAUCCUCAUCAUUUUGCCGACUUUUAUUGUGUGGUCUUCGUUCCCGCUCAUGCGCAAAAAUGCCACGCUGAUGUUGGUAAUUUAUUUCUACUCUUUCGUAAUUUACUGGAGGGUAUUCAAUGGAAGAGUGUUGGAGACAGAGUACGAUGAUGAAAUAUUUUUUAUGCUGCUGGCGAUUUCAACCCUCUUUCUAUGGAGUGCGCCGAUUAUUGGUACAGUACAGCAACGUAUAGGUCACGUGUACAACAGAUGGCGCAUUCAAAGAGCACUCUACACAUCAGCAAGCGUCGGUUGCUGUGGUUGUGCUGGGAUCUCAUGGCGUGACCUUUUUCUUCGCUGUCCGAAGUGUCCACGCUCCAGGCCACGAGGAAUAAAUAUUUCCACAGCUUUGACACUAGAGGACCUUGAUGAUGUGAAGCCAAUUUACAUAAGCGGUAUCACCAUAAACAAAUGGAGACGGACUAACUCCCCCAAGGAGCCAGAUUAUGAACUAUUGAUGAUGACACCUCAUGGGAUUGAACGACUUGAUCGGCCACCCAAUGAACGUGAGUUUGAUGGUAAACUUAUGCCUGUGGACAUUUACCUGUCAGAUGCCAUGGCAACGUCAGCUGCUGCCGUGGAUCAUCAUAUGGGAGCGAGGGAGAGUGAUGACGCGUCCUUUAGAGAUUUAAAGGUUAUUCUUGGAGUUUCCAUGGGAACGGCCAUUGUUUCAGACGAGCGACACGAAGGAAAAAGAAAUUGUUGUAUUCAGUUCUUGCCUCUCCUUGUUGAGGUAAUCCGGAUCCUUCCUUUGGUGCUGUGUCUCAUUAUAUUUUGGCACACUGACCAGCGACGUUACUUAGCCUACGGCAUACUGAGUUUCUUUGCUAUACUUGUGUUGCUCACAUUGACUGCGCUCGUACCAACCGGCGGAAGUAAGCCUGGAAGGCUUGAGAGAAUCGCCAGAUGGUUCACAAUCAACAUCGCUUACGUCAGCUUCGUCCGCAAAACCAUCGGUAUGAUCAAUCAAGGUCCCAAUCCCCCGCCGGUUCUGCGUUUGAGUGACGGAGGUCAUAUUGAGAAUCUUGGUAUUCUACCUUUGUUGAAGUUGAGGCUGAAAAGAAUUGUCUCUGUCAAUGGCGGCCGCACCAUUUCUGACGGGGACUAUGGAUCGACUUUGCUGGCGGGUCUGGAUAUGGCCAGGAAAAAGUUGGGUUGUUCUUUUUCUGCCAUGGAUGGGCGAGACAUUGCAGAGGAUAUCCGUGAUAACUUUGUAGAGAAACCCCCAGGUUCACAACCAUCCAGCUACAGGUUCAAAGUCCAUUACUAUGACACCGAUCCAAAUGGCGACGGCAAAACCAAAGUUGGCGAAGGUGAAAUUUUGUUCAUUGCGCCUAGACACCCAAAUAAAACCGCACAAAAGAAGACUUUUGAUUCCUGGGGAGAGGUUUUGCGUGACAUUGAUGUUGAUCUCGAGGCUGGCCACUGGGGACCUGGGCCGGAGCUAUCGGCGGAAGAGGUGGACCGUUUGACCUUCUGUUGCUGCGAAUGUUGCCAUGGUAACACGUGCCGAGGAUUGUCAGAGUGGAUGUGUGGGGCGUUUCCACAGCAUUCCACUGGGAAUCAGUUCUUCACACAAGCCAUGUUUACCAGCUAUCACAGGGAAGGCUAUCGCGCAUGCAUGGAGGCAGAAGCUGCUGAAUUCCUCCUUGAAGGCCAACGACCGGAGUCUGCAGCCACUGCAUUUUCUUCGAUAUAAACGGAAAAACGGCUUUGUCUCCGCGCUCUUGAAGUUACCCUUAACAGCCAGGCGAAGGCAGUGUGGUGUCAAAUUGAUAGACAUAUAUAAAGUAUAAGUUAUUAACAUUUCGUUAUCGUUUUUGUGUCCCAUUAUAUUUAGACGUAUAGUUUUUGGAUUUAAAUGUAAAGUUUAAUCCAACAUUUUCUAUCAGCAUAUUAGAUCAUGCAAUAUUAGUGAGGUGUGCGUUCUGAUAGGUGGAGUGAUAUAUCAUUUCUUAUAAUAAUCACGCGGCACAAGGUGAUUACAAUACUGACGAUUAAUUGGUAGAAUGUUUUGAUUCAUAUGUAAAAUACUCGUGAUAGAGAUGCAAAAUGAUAUACCAUAUCUCAACUAAGGAACCAUGACGAAGAAAAACAUCAUAACAGUCAAACUGUCAAAAAGGUUUCUUUCUAUAUCUCAUUAUUCGUUGAAAGUGAAAUAUUCAACCAAUCAGAGCUGUUGAUAUCUCCUGCAGUGAAUCAAUCAC